AUGCCAGAGCAGCAGGGCCAUACCCAGACACGGAGACAGGAGAGCAGGCAGGAGAGCCGGACAGGGCCUGGGGAAGGGACACACGCUUCUGCCCAGCUGACAGGCAGACGGACAGACGGCAGGACGGACACUCGGGCGGCGGCUGUGAUUGGCGGCUCAGCGGCAGGCUGGUGGAAGAUGUCGUUGGGAGCCGGUGGGAGGGGCGGGCGGCGGCUCAGGGGCACUGGGGGUGGGGGAGGAGGGAGAGGGGAGGCGGCGGAGGAGGGCCCGGUGGGCAUCCCCUUCCCCGAGCACAGCGCAGACAUCCUGGGCAGCCUAAACAAGCAGCGCCUCAGCGGCCUGCUGUGCGACGUUCUCCUGGUAAACCAGGAGAGAGAGUUCCCCGCCCACCGCUCGGUCCUGGCCUCCUGCAGCUCCUACUUCCACAAGCUGUUCACCUCUGGCCCCACUGCCGACCAGCAGCACAUCUACUCCAUUGACUUUGUGGCGGCCGAGGCCCUGGGCGCCCUGCUGGAUUUUGCCUACACAGCCACGCUGACCGUCAGCCACAGCUCCGUGGGAGACAUCCUGGCCGCUGCCCGCCUGCUGGAGAUCUCGCCCGUCCAGGAAGUCUGCACUCACCUGCUGGACACCAAAGUGCUCUCCCCGCCGGCGGGUAGUGAGCGAGGAGAAGAAGAGGAUGAUGAUGAGGAAGAGGAGGGGAAGGGUGGAGGAGGAAGGGGGGAUCAGGGGAAUCGGCUGCGGGCCCAGGAGUAUCUACAGUACUUCCAGAGAGGGGCCCUCUGGAGCAGCAGCUGCAGCACUCCAGAGCUCAGGGACAUGCCCACACACCUGCACUUUAACCACGGCAAUGGGGCCCACAGCAACGGGGCCCCCGGAGGCCCCAGCGAGUACUACUCUCCCCUGCACCUGGCCCAGGCCCCCACACAGGACCCUGAGAAUGAGGAGGAGGAGGAUGAAGAGGACGAAGGGGAGGUGGAGCACUCCGAAAGUGGCAGGGACAUGCUGGCCUGGGCCAGGGGGAACGGAGGGGGGCCAGGGGCCUCUUUAUACACCCCAGCCCAGAACGGCCACUUUUACCUCCCAAUGGAACCCAAACUGGAGCCUGAGGAAGAGGGGGAGGAAGAGGGGGUGCGGGACGAGGAGAGGGGCUCGGCCAGCGCCCUCCUGCAGCAGAUGAUGGACUCCAUCGAGAGGCAGAAGGAGCGGGCCGCGGCCGGGGUGGAGCUGGGGGAGGGGGAGGACCCGGACGUGGAGUUUUACUUGAAUUACUUUAACAGCACGCAGCAUGAUGACGCCACCGCCGUCUCACAGGGACUGCUGCCCCUCUGGGCGGCACGGGGCGGGUCCAGCCGAGAGAGAGGGGGAGGAGAGAGGGGAGGAGAGAGGGGAGGAGAGAGGGGAGGAAAAGGAGGCGAAGAGAGAGGAGGAGGAGGAGGAGGAGGGGAGAGGAAGAUGCGCUCCAAGGCCUUCCAGAAGUGCCCCAUCUGCUCCAAGGUCAUCCAAGGCGCAGGCAAGCUACCCCGCCACAUCCGCACGCACACGGGAGAGAAGCCCUACGAGUGCGGCAUCUGCAAGGUGCGCUUCACCAGGCAGGACAAGCUCAAGGUUCACAUGCGCAAGCAUACGGGAGAGAAGCCUUACUUGUGCACGCAGUGCGGUGCUGCGUUCGCCCACAACUAUGACCUGAAGAACCACAUGCGCGUGCACACAGGCCUGCGCCCCUACCAGUGCUCCAGCUGCUUUAAGACUUUUGUGCGUUCAGACCACCUGCACCGCCACCUCAAGAAGGACGGAUGCAAUGGCAUCCCCUCCCGCCGGGGCCGCAAGCCUCGGGUGCGGGACCCUGGGCUCCUGGAGGUCCCCAUGGGGCUGGCGGGCCCCGGCCCUCGGAGUGGCAGGGGGAGACGGCGCAUGGAGGCGGCUUCAGCAGCGGCGGUGGAGGAGGCCUCCAGGGCCCAUGCACACAGUCCUCAGCCCCAGGAGAGGGCAGGGGACCUGGGGGACUGAGACAGGGAGACAGGGAGGGACGCUGGACGCCAUAGUCAUACUGGGCCCCUGAGGGGCCACGCCGAAACCAGAGGAGAAAAAAACCCUGCUAUGAACAACGGCAAACAAAAUAAACACAACAACUAAAAAUUCCUCUAUAUACCAAAUCAGGGUGUCACCAAUCUAAUAUUUUAAGUUUCUUUUAUCCCUUUGCUUUAGGGGAUAGACACACAAACACAAGUCAGUGGUCUGUUAAAGAGCAAAGAAUGCUUCAAAUCACACCUCCAUGAUGUCUCCUUUCUGGAUCAUUUCUGUCUCAUCUGGGUUUUUGUACAUUUGGCAAAAGUGCUUUAGCAUAUAACAAAACAACAGAAAACCCUGAGCAACUAUGCAGUUAAAAUAGAUUAUAUUGGUUUGGACUUCAUAGCCUUCAAACUUUGAGGUGUCCCACAUCUACUGGCUGCCACAUGGGUGAACGGAGUGGGAACUCUCAUAUUCAGAUGGAAAGCAACCAAUCUUUUUCUAUUCUUUUGCAGUUCUAAAAUGUACAGUUACCAUAGAAAUAGUAGUAUUGUCAGAAUAUGACAAUAUAUGCAAGAUUAACUCAACCACACCUCUGAUGCAGAAAUAAUCAUUUUUGUCAAAUGCUCCAGAAAGAAUCAGACAAGGGUUUGAUUUAAGUGUUACUUACUCUAUAAAAUAUAUUUUAAAAUCUAUGGUUCAUCUUUUUAAAAUGUUAAAUGUCGAGUUGAAUCCACGUUUGGGGGGCUCUUCCAUUGCAGGGGUAAGGAACGCGAGGGGAGGAGGGGGUGUGUUUCUAAAGCACGAACCUCGUCAUGUUGCCAGUUGACCAGGUCGUUGACUACCCCUCACAACCCUGCCAUUUCAGCCUUCUAUUUUCUUUUGGAUUUGUCUUCAUUUUUUUUUCAUUGUUGUUUGUUCCUUUUUUGAGUUGACUGCUUUGGGUACUUGACACCUUACAUUUGUGUACAUGUAGAUACAUUAGGCAGUGAUUAUAUUGGUCCCUUUUUAAUGCUGAGGUAUAUUAGCCUACCAAUCGGGGUUUCCUUUGGCUUGACGUCAGAUUUCUCACAGAGUGAAGCUUGUGGGUGAAAGAGAAAAUGAACUGUAUGAAUGUUAGAGUAUAUUGAAUUGAGAAACCCAUUGGUCCUAAACUUAACACUUGAUUGAGAUGUAUAGAGUUCCUGCCCAAAGGAAGAAGAGAUACUAGCUAUGUGCUUAACUUUGUGCAGUUCUGACAGGAUCUGCCCUGGCGUGAGAAGGAGAGAGGGCAGUGUCUAACCAACAGCAGGUUGAAAGACGAAAAGCAGGGAUAGACAGAGAUGAGGAGAGACGAGCACCUUUUAUACGUUUGCACAGCUUUACUAAAGAUAUCCAACAGAGAGAGGUAUAUUUAAAGGAGGUCGUCGAGAAAAGGAGGUGUGUAAUAGUGCGUAUUCCAAUAUGUUUUGCCCUGGGGACCACGAAACCAUGAGGCAACCUGUGUGAUGAAGAGAGCAAUAAAUACCUGUCCAAGUUGGGAGGCCAAAUAAGCAUGCAGCUGGGUGGUGGGGGAUGGGUGGCGAGGCAGGGCAAGGGGAGGGGGAUUUUACAAUGUCUGUUGCAUUCCAAAAUAUAAUCUACUCGGCACAGCCAUGUUUCCAGGCAGAACGGGUUCAAAUCAGGACUUUUCUCUCUCCCACUUUAGUCCUCCAAUGUCCCUGAACCAGUCUGUGGAGUGCAGGGUAUUAUAGAGCCCUGGGUAGAGGAGACCUGCUCGGUGGCUGACUGGACUGCUGCUGGGUGUUUGUAUGUGUGGCAGCCAGGGUCUUUACUCUGGCCACAUCAGCGCAGUGUGACUCACUCACAGACUUGGGCUGGGAGUGUCAGCAGCUCCUCCAGUUGUAGGCACGUUCAAACACGCUCCCCAAACUGCCGGCGCACUAAAAGCCAGGCAGCCACUAAAGUGGGCGAAAAACACGAGGGCAGCCACUAGGUGUUGCUCCACAGAAUUAUGACAUGUGAUUGGAUAUGGGCCACUGGCUCACAUACGUCUGGACAUGUUUGUCUUGGUCAGUACACUCUUUUAACCACACAGAGGAGAGGGUGCUGUGCCAGUGACUUAGAUCGAAUUCCCCUGCCAUUGCUGCAAUGCUGUGUCUUGAGUAUCAGUCCUUUGCACCUUAAUGGGAAAGAAGCAGGUUCUGAAUGCACUUUGUUACUGAGAAGGUCACUUUUGUCAAAGAAACGGGUACUUUGAAACAAACUAAGGCGAAUGAGCUUAAUAUCCCCAUCGCAAGUGCUGCCGUUAAGCUUGUUUUCUAGUUUUGUUAAGUUUUUGACAACAAGCUGCCAAAAAAAAAAGAAAUGUAUGCGCGUUUUGGAUCUCUUAAGAGAAGUCAGGCAGGUUCAGAAACGAACAAGUCGGGUUUUGUGACCUUAAAAACUUUAAAAAAGACAAAAUAACCCCAUGUAACUGAUUGCACUUGAAGUUAGGUUUGGUAAAAAAAAAUGUCUAGUGAGUUGUCUAUAUUCAUGUCUUAAUGCAGAGCAGG